UAAACAAAAAGCUCAUUUACCGCCAUUUCUUUAUUAUGAGAAUUAUAAAGCACAAAAGUUAAGUUGCUUUUUGCAUCCUAUUUAAAGAAAGAGCUGUAAAUUAAUUUUCUUCUAGUUAACUUAAUAUUUAUUUAUAACGGUAUUAUGCCAGUGAAACGAAAAGAUAAAGAAGGUAACAAUCAUAAUACACCAAGUAAAAAUAAGAAGAUUAGACAAGAAAAAGAUAAAGAAAAAGGUGGAGAUUUUUCUGAUGAUGACCUGUCAGAUAUUGAUGAUGAUGGUGAAAUAUUUAAUGGUAUUCGUAUUCCUGCUGAGCUACCUCCUGUUAGAUCGGCCGAAGAAACUUUAGGGCCACGAAUGAUAAUAACACAUAUUGUUGCUAAUAAUUUUAAAAGUUACUUUGGCGAAAUUACAAUUGGACCAUUUCAUAAAAGUUUAACUAGUAUUGUUGGGGCAAAUGGAAGUGGUAAAAGUAAUGUAAUUGAUUCAUUAUUAUUUGUGUUUGGAUAUCGUUCAACAAAAAUUAGAUCUAAAAAAGUAUCGGUUUUGAUUCAUAAAUCAGACCGACAUAAAGAUGUUCGUCAGUGCUCUGUUACUGUUCAUUUUGUGCAAAUUAAUGAUGAUGCAAAUCAAGAUACAGGCUAUGUUGCUGUACCUGGUUCUGAAGUAACAAUCACUCGCACUGCCUUCAAAGAUAAUACUUCAAACUAUACUCUAAAUAAUAAACGUGUUAAAUUUAAAGAUGUGGCAACAGUGCUAAAAAAAAAUGGAAUUGAUUUAAUUCAUAACCGUUUUCUUAUUCUACAGGGAGAAGUUGAACAAAUAGCUAUGAUGAAACCAAAAGCUGAAAAUGAGCAUACAACUGGAAUGUUAGAAUACUUGGAGGAUGUCAUAGGAACUGCUAGAUAUAAGAAACCACUUGAAAAACUAGCAGAAAAAAUGCAAGUAUUAGGCGAAGAAAAAAAUGAAAAAAUAAGUCGUUUAAAAUUUAUUGCCAAAGAAAGGGAUGAAUUAAUUGAACCCGUUGAAGCCGCUAUAAGACAUCUUAAAUUAGAAAAUCAGUUAACUCAACUCGAAAAUAAAAAAUUUCAAAAACAAAUGGCUGAACUAAAUAAAUUGAUAGCAACUAAAACUGAAGAUCAAAAUUCUAUUAAAGAUAAAUUGAAUUGUAUAGAAGACGAACUUGCAUCAAUAGCUGAAAGUAAAAAAAACAAAGAAGGUGCAUUACGUAGUCUUACAGAUAAAUUAAAAGGAGAUAUUAAGAAAAAAGAUUCUGUUGAAAAAAAAUUGAAAGUACUUUUGAAUGAAGAUUUACAACUGAAAAGUGAUCUUACACAAAUUAAUGACCAAAUUAAAAAAUAUGAAAAGUCAAUUAAAACUGAAGAAAAUAAGAUAACUAAAGCGCAAGGAGUUCCUAAAAUAAAAGAAGCCGAACUUGUGCGACUGAAAUCCAAUUUAGCUCCUUUAGAGGAAGAAUGUUUGAAGCUUGAAACAAAUUAUACUAAAGUAAAUUCAAGUGGAUUUGAAAAAUCAAAAAAGUUUAGAGAAGAGAAGGAUUUGUUAGCCCCUGAAGAGUUAAAACUUCAAAAAAUAGUUGGUGGUAAACAGAACCAGGUUCAAACAUUAAAAACUGAAUUUGAAGUUCUCUUGGAUACUGAAAAAUCUGAAAAAGCAAAACUAAGUAAACUUGAAGAACAACUUGUUACUGGAACUGAAGAAUAUAAAAAUAAUUUAAGUAAAAAAGAAAAAGCUGAAGAAGAAAUUUUAAACAAUACUAAACUAAUCAAAGAAAUGGAUAAGAAUAUAGAUAAAUUACAGAAAGAUGAACAGCAAAUAAAAAUUAAUUUACAAAAUAUACGACAAAGUUUGACUGAAAAGAGAACGGCAUAUGCUGAAACUACUGAACGAAGUCGUCCUAUACAAUAUAUUUUACAAUUUAAAGAGAGUGGAGAAAUCAGUGGAAUACUCGGUAGAUGUGGAGAUUAUGGUCAAGUUGAAGGUAAAUAUGAUGUACCUGCAUGUACAGCUUGUGGAUCCACUGAUCAAAUAGUUGUUGAAUCAUCUGAUGUAGCUCAUGCAUGUAUUCAAAAAUUAAGAGUCAAUAAAGUUGGCCGUUUAACCUUUUCAAUCCUACCUCAGAUUCAAAAAUUAAAACCUCGUGCAGAUGCCAAUAAUAAUUAUCCAGAAAAUGCCAAAAGAGUAUUUGAUUUUAUCCAAAUAUUAGAUCAAAAAUUCCGUUUAACGUUUUAUUCUGGAUUGUAUGAUACACUGUUAGCAGAAGAUAUAGAACAAGCCCGACGUAUAGCAUUUGGCACUCAAACUCGCUAUAGAGUUGUAACAUACAGAGGAGAUUUAAUUGAUCAGUCUGGUAUUAUGUCGGGAGGUGGAAGACCUAUUAAAGGUAAGAUUGGACCUCAGGAAAUCAGAUCUAAAUGUGCCAAUACUUCUGCAUCACAAGUCAGCCAAAGUGAAGUAGAAAAUCUGGAUAAAAUAACUAAAGAAUUAGAACAAAAACUAAGGAAUACACAAUCUAAUAUUUUUGAUUGUCAAGCUAAUAUGGAGCAUUACCAAAGAAAAAUAGAUGAUCUGAAUAUGAUUGUUAAACAAUGUUUAUCACGUAUUAAUUCAUGGCGAGAAAAAGAAAAUCAAGUUAAAAAGUUAAUUGAAAUACAGAAAGAAAUUAUUAUACAAAAAAAAACUGACCCAGUAGCUGUUGCUAAAAAAGAAGCGGAAAUAAAAAGGGCAGAAAAAGAACUAGAAGAAUCUGAAAUUGAAUAUCAUAAAAUCAAGUCUAAGAUGGAUAUGCUUAAACAAAAAAUUGAAGAAAUUACAGAAGGUGAACCUAGAGAAGCUAAAAGACUAUUAGAUGAAGCUACAGUUAAAUUAGAGCAAACUCGAAGUGGAAUCAAUCAAGUAACAGUUGAUAUUCAAGCUGCUGAAAGACAGAUAAAAAAAUCAGAAAGCCAAAUUAAAACUUUAGAAGAUGAUGUGACAGAAUGUAAAGAAAGAGUUGAAUCCAUUAAAGAAAAAUUUAAAAAAAAUCAAGAUAUAAUUGAUGAAUUAAAUGAAAAGUUAACUGAAAUGAAUAACAACAUUGAUGAUCAAAAAAACAAUAUUGAAGAAAUUAAAAAUAAGGAUGAUGAGAAUCUUCGAAGAAGCAAUGAAUUACGUAAAGAAAAAAUAAAAUUAUCCCAAGAUUGGGACACUAUUGAAGGUGAAAGAAUAAAAUACUCUGAUCAAUGUAAACACUUAAAAUUGAAUCUCAGUAAAUUAAAACUACAUAAUAUUCCUAAAAUUGAUAAUACACAAAGAGACCCAAUAUUGGAAUCAUAUCAAAACCGGGGUGAUAUUAAUAAAGAAAAUAAAAUAACACCUAUAAACAAAGAACAAAAUAGUACAGAGUUAAAUAAAAUGGACAUUGAAGGGCAGAACAAUACUGAAGAAGUAAAUGAUGAAGACAAAAAUGAUACUGAAUUGGUUCAGUAUUCAAAUGAAGAAUUAGUUGAACUAAACUAUGAAGAUCUUGAACAAAAUAGAUGUAUCUUGACUGAAGAAUUAAAAAAAGAAAAACCUAAUUUUGGAGUACUUGAAGAAUAUAAAAAUAGAACUAGGCAGUAUAAUGAAAAAGCAGAUGAAGUUGCUUCAGUGUUAAAAAUAUACAAUGAUCAUUCUGAUAUGAUUAAUAAAGUUCGCCAAAGAAGAAAAGAUGAAUUUAUGGCAUCAUUUAGAAAAAUAACUAUAAAGUUAAAAGAAAUGUAUCAAAUGAUAACACUUGGUGGUGAUGCUGAACUUGAGUUAGUAGAUUCAUUAGAUCCUUUUAGUGAAGGUGUUAAUUUUAGUGUGAGGCCACCAAAAAAAACUUGGAAAGUUAUUUCUAACCUAUCAGGUGGCGAAAAAACUUUAUCUUCUUUAGCUCUUGUAUUUGCUCUCCAUUACUAUAAACCAUCACCAUUGUAUGUUAUGGAUGAGAUUGAUGCAGCAUUAGAUUUUAAAAAUGUGUCAAUAAUUGCCUACUAUAUAAAGAUGAAUAUUUUUUCAGGAACGAACCAAAAAUUCGCAGUUUAUUAUUAUUUCUUUACGUUCAAAUAUGUUUGAAAGAGCCAAUUUAUUAGUAGGAAUUUAUAAAACAAAUGACUGUACCCAAUCAAUAACCAUUAGAACAGAUAUGUAUGAAGAUAAAUGGGCAGGAGCUUUGACUGAAAUUCAAAAUAAUAGCUAAUUGAUGUCUAUCUCAAUUGUUAAUUUUUUAUUUUAAUCUAUUUUGUAACACAAUUCAAAUA